GCAUGGGCAGGUGCCUUCCUUUCCAAGGUUCGCCGUUGUUUUCCUCUCAUCGAGGUAGAUGAUAUCAACGAGCGUGUCUGUCAAGAGGACAAGCUUUCCGGGGCCAAGAAAUACGGAACAUUUCGGCCGUACAGCUGGGUGGAAAGGGCCAAGUAUAGGUGUAUAGUGAGACGUAACGAGCCGAACAACAGAAAUGUCAUGCUCCAUUGGGAGGGCACGGAUUCGGGAGUCAUGACCCUCGACUUCGAGUCAAUCCAAUGUAUGGCCAGACUCAGGUCGUUGCAUGCCGCACCAAAGGAAGGCCACUACCGACGGGGCUACGAUGCGAACUACAACGCUCUUCUAGUUGAGGGCGCCUUUACCAUAGCACACGAACUCGUGCACUGUUUUGUCGGCUUCUUAUCCGGGGACCGCGCUUUACGGACUCCCCCAAGUUUCCUGCCGGUCGGUUUUGAGCAGCGCGGCUCAAAUCACGGAGAGUCCGGAAGAAUGUGGGAGCUUUUAGUCCUCGGUGGCUGUGUGUCAUUGUCUGGGUUGACGGGGAAGGACGACGAGCUCCCACAGUUACGGAUAUGGCUUGAAAAUAACCACAAGGAAAUCGUGGUCGACCCGGAGGUAGUGGAGGCAAUAGUCCAGCGCAGGUUCGGGUUCCCCUUGAGGACCAUUGGGGAGUGGGAGCGGGUUGGAAAACGUGACCGGAAGGCAGCAUCUGUCUCGCGGCUUCUCAACGGCGUGAAAAGUCUAAUCUUUGGACCGGCGCAGCCCAAGUCCCGGCGGCCUCCUUCUCGGCCGCCCGUGGGGUUAGUGGAGGUCACCAAGACUUCACAAGGCAGCGGUGACCACGCAAGCCCGACUCCGGCCGCUUUGCGACAUAUCAGUUGCGGUCCUCCCGGCCCUCCAACAACUACUUCGGAGGCUGCUGUGGGCGGACAAAGAGGGCCCGAGCCUGCCACGAGAGAACAUGAUACAAGACAGGCAACGACCCCAGCUAGGGAGGCUCCUCCAAACCCUGACCAUCCCCGACAUGAUCUCCCGCGGAGUCAAGGCCCUCGGAUUACCGAAGUCACAGCUCCAAGGAAGACUCCCGUGUCCGCGGAAAGGAAUGCUCGGCCGUCAGCUCCUGUAGCUCCUGUGGCCCGUUCCAGCAACAGCGCCACGUCUUCUCGGAACCCUCGGGCGUCUUUUCAGUCCCCUAGUACCACAACUACCACGGCCUCCCCACACGGGUCCCCGUCCUCAGGACGUGGCCUGCGGUGCCAAGAGGGGGUAUCUGCGGCCGGCGUAGGUAAGGGCGCGAGGUCUACGAAGGGCCGCCCUCAGACUCCUACUUAAAGACGUGCCUCAUACUAGUAAGGCGUACGUGCUGGUUUAGGCGGGAAACGGCGGGAAAAAGCUGGAUGGGGAGACGGGCGAAGCCUUUGGGGGCCACGCCCUCCAUCUGGAAAGAUGAAAGUGGGUUCAAGGUUGCGGUGCGACCCACGGGGGCUCGUACAGCAUUUAGACCGCACUCUGGCCCCAUCCAUUGAGCGCCAAAGGAAUGUAAGAGGAGCCAAAACGCCAAUCUAUGAUCUUGGCCGUUGCGAUCAAAUAUGUUAUUAGUAUAAGCAGUGAACAAGCCGUACAUUCACACCGCGUUGUUCAUUUUCGGGCGGAUGAGAAUAGUGUCGAGGUGAAACUGGAUAAACAGAGUUACCCAGGUCUGAACAUCAGAAGGAAGUGAAGAACAGGAGUGACGAAUACGAGUUGUUCGUCGCUUGAGCGGGGAGUUCAGGGCAUCCGAGCCACGAGAUAUGGAUUACCGGC